AUGACGAAUUCACAAAUCCACGUUUCAAUUUUCCUGCUUCCGCAGGAUGUGUUGGAAUUGGUGCUUUCUUAUAUUCCCACGAUCAAUUUGUUAUCUUUCACCAAUAUUCCAAACUUAGAUGAACUAAUAAGGAAUGAAUUAAGAAAUCGACAUAUCAAAGUCAUCGUAUAUGGGAAAUCUGCGACAAGACCCAACACAGAUCCAUAUCCCGCUGAAUUCUGGGAAAGGGAGAUAAUUGGCGAUGAUUCGAGGUUGGACCUGAGAAGCGUAUCACGGUAUGAAGAUUUGAAUAGGAUUGUGUUUAACGAGCCUGAUAGCGUAGAAAGGUUUUUGGAUUUCAAGCAGAGACACCCUAACUUGAUUGCAAACUUGAAUAUCGUUGAAAAUGAUAUUUUGGAAGAAUUGGUUACCGAAGCUCCUUGGUGUUUUCAAGAUAUUCAGAGCUUAACGUUUACCGAACGUCAGCAACUGGAAAACUACUCGGAGACGCUCUCUAGUCUCCUAUAUAAGUAUCUUACUGUUCAAUUGUCCGAUCUAGGCAUUAAUCUCCCGGAAAUGAUUUGGCUGUUGGAACUAUCUGAUUUUUUCAAACAAAAGAAUCAUUUGCAGUUGACACCCAUAGAGUAUCAGAUAAAAGAAUUGAGCACCCGCUGUCCAAUUGAGGUUGAAGAUUACAAGUACUUGCCAAGAGCAUUACAGACUUUGAACACUAAAUUGGCGUUGCAUAGUCCAAGGUGUACUCUCGAACUACCGUUAACGUUAGAACAACUCACAAUUGACUUUGAUUCCGUUGAAGACCUUACAGAAAUUAAUAUCUCUGAUCUACCUAAGUUGAAGAAAUUGCGCCUAGAUUCAUUUCCUCUGCAAGGGCUAAGAAGUAUGAACGCUCCCAAACAAUUAGAAAACUUGUCCAUCUUUUCAAGAAAUCUUGUGUCUUUGGAAAGUAUAGCGGAGUAUCACAUGCUAAGAGAACUCGAGGUUUCAAUUGCUCACCUGGAUGGUGAGUCAAUGUUGGAUUGUACCUUACCUGAUUCCUUGCAAAGGCUUCGCUUUACCUGGUGGGUUUUCCGUAAUAGUGAUCGUCAAGGCGAAGAUGUCGAAGAGCUGCAUUGUAUGUCUCCGGUUAGACUACCUUCAAAUCUCAAGCUGCUUGACUUUCAAACAAACUCCCCCUUGCUCUGUUUGAGAGAGUGGAUUAUCCCGCCCUCAUUAAGGGUUCUUUCAUUUGACGUAGAGAAGUUACCAGUUGGAUUCAAGAUUCCACCUAAUUUGAUAUCCCUUUCGAUACGUUGCUCCGAAAACGGUUCCUUACCUCGUCCUUUACCCAAAUCAUUAAUUCGAUUACAUACAACUUUGGUACCACCAACCAAAUGGUAUCUAACGCAGUUGAAGAACUUGACCCAACUUAAUUGUGACUUUAUCAAACAUAGAAAGUCUUCCUUUGAUUGGAAAUUGCCAACUAGUUUGAAAAGAUUGAUAAUUGCUCAUUGUUCCUUGGAAGCUCUAAACAUAAACGUGCCAAACCUAAAAGCAGUCGACUUGCAUCUAAAGUUUCCCGACCAUUUGGAAAAGUUAGAGCUACCUUCUUCUGUAGUUGACUUGAAAAUAUAUAGUAUCAGGGAUAAUAAAAUUUCUGAAUUGUCGAUUUCAAAGAAACAUAAGCUUCCCACGAAGUUGAAGACGCUUAAUUUGUUGCACGAUUGUAUGGAUUCAAAAUCGCUUAAUAAUUUACACUUGAAAAAGUAUCAGCAUUUGUGGUAUAUUAAUCUAUUUAAAAAUAAGAUCAAGAAAGUUGCAGAUGGGGUGUUUCCUGCUUCCACAAAAGUACUCAUCCUUCUGAGUAAUCCCUUAAAUGAAGUCGAGCCCAAUGCAUUCAAGAACCUACCCAACUUACAGUACUUGUACUUAGAUUGUUGUAAUCUUGGAGUAGCUGCAGCGCGAAAUCAAUCUUUGGAAUUUCCGACUUCUUUGAAAUAUGUACAAUUAUCAUGCAACUACCUUAAAGAUAUUAGCAGUUUUCAUUUUCCCUCGGAGAAUAUGACUAGGAUACGACUUUCCUUCAAUACGUUUCCUGAUAAAGAGAAAAUUGUCGAAACAUUGAAAGCUAAAUUGGGAGAGAAUGUGGCUAUUGAAAUAUAG